AAAAAGUGAAACACAAUCUGGCCAAAUCGCCCCUCCUCAACUUUGCUCACGUGUGUGUGCACACCCAUAAACACACGGAGGAGCUGCCUCGCUCACACACGCAUCUUGUCGUCUCCUGCUUUGGCUCUGUUGCUGCUACCUGGGAGGGAAGCAUCAUUUCAUGUCAGAACUGACAUGACUUAAAGGCUGGUUUAGAAGGAUUUUAGUGUGUUUUUAAGUGUGUUUCUGCAUACAGGAGUGGAUGACGCCUGUUGAUCGGUGCAUAGAUGCAGCUCUGGUGCAGGGUAAGAGGAAGAGGGACUCCUAUGUCAGAGCUUUAGGAUGGCCAGUGAAGGCUCCACUAUUCCCAGCCCUGUGGUCCGCCAGAUUGAUAAGCAGUUCCUGAUCUGUAGCAUAUGUCUGGACCGCUACGAGAACCCUAAAGUACUGCCCUGCCUGCACACCUUCUGUGAGAGGUGCCUGCAGAAUUACAUCCCGGCCCACAGCCUCACACUGUCGUGCCCCGUGUGCCGCCAGACCUCAAUCCUGCCGGAGAAGGGUGUGGCGGCAUUGCAGAAUAACUUCUUCAUUACCAACCUGAUGGACGUGCUGCAGCGGGGGCCGGAUAGCUGCAGCCAGGAGGCCGCCGCUCUGAACAACAUCACUGCUGUGGCUACGGGCCAACUGCUCUCCUGCCCCAAUCAUGGAGGCAAUGUCAUGGAGUUUUACUGUCCUCCAUGUGAGACAGCCAUGUGUCAGGAGUGUACAAGUGGCGAACAUGGUGAACAUCCAACUGUGCCUCUUAAAGACGUAGUGGAGCAACACAAGGCCUCAUUACAGGACCAGCUAGAUGCUGUCAAGAAGAGAUUACCAGAGAUUGACUCGGCCCUUCAGACGCUGUCGGAGAUCCUGCAGCAGCUGACCAAUCAGAAGAGCGCCAUCGAGGAUGACAUCCAUACUACCUUUGAUGAGUUGCAGAAGACCCUCAAUGUCCGAAAGAGCGUUUUACUCAUGGAGCUGGAGGUCAACUAUGGCCUCAAGCAGAAGGUGCUCCAAGCCCAGCUGGAUACCCUGCUGCAGGGACAGGAGGGCAUCAACAGCAGCUGCAACUUCACAGAGCAGGCUCUGAGCCACGGCACCGAGGCCGAGGUGCUGCUGGUGAAGAAGCAGAUGAGCGAGCGUCUCAUCGAGCUGGCCAGCCAAGAGCUCCCUCUGCAGCCCGGAGAGAACGACCAACUGGACUUCCUUGUGGAGACAGACGGACUAAAAAAGUCCAUCCACAACCUGGGAACUAUCGUAACUACUAAUGCAGUGGCCUCUGAGUCUGUGGCCACUGGUGAAGGGUUACGACACUGUGUGGUGGGCGUGCCCACCUCCAUCACCAUAACCACUAAGGACAAAGAUGGAGACCUGUGCAAGAUGGGUAACGCAGUCAUAACUGCUGAAAUCUCCUCACCUGAUGGCGGCAAAGGUGACGGAGAGAUACUGGACAACAAGAAUGGUACUUACGAGUAUCUGUUCACAGCCCCUAAAGAGGGGACUUUUAGUUUAUCCCUGCGUUUGUAUGACCAACAUAUCAAAGGAAGCCCCUUCAAGAUAAAGGCCACAAAGUCUAUAGAUGUGUCACCAACCUCAGAUGGCAUGAAGAAGAGGCUGAAGUCUCCAGGCAGUGGGCACAUCAAGCAGAAGGCCAUCAAGAGGCCGGCCAGCAUGUACAGCACAGGGAGGAGGAAAGAGAACCCCAUUGAGGACGACCUCAUCUUCAGAAUCGGAACAAAAGGAAGAAACAAAGGGGAGUUCACUAAUCUGCAGGGAGUGGCUGCCUCCUCUCUGGGAAAGGUGCUGAUAGCAGACAGCAACAACCAGUGUGUCCAGAUUUUCUCCAACGAUGGCCAGUUCAAAAGUCGCUUCGGUGUCCGGGGCAGGACUCCGGGUCAACUGCAGCGGCCGACAGGCGUGGCCGUCCACCCAAACAGUGACAUCAUCAUUGCCGACUAUGACAACAAAUGGGUCAGCAUCUUUUCAAGCGAGGGCAAGUUUAAGAACAAGAUCGGCUCAGGGAAGCUGAUGGGCCCUAAAGGCGUGUCAGUGGACAGGAACGGCCACAUCAUCGUGGUCGACAACAAGGCCUGCUGCGUCUUCAUCUUCCAGCUCAACGGCAAGCUGGUCACCAAGUUCGGUAACCGUGGCAAUGGUGACAGGCAGUUUGCAGGUACACUCAAUGGCCCUCAUUUUGCUGCUGUGAACAACAACAAUGAAAUCAUAGUGACAGAUUUCCACAAUCACUCAGUCAAGGUUUUCAACACAGAGGGAGAAUUCUUGCUGAAGUUUGGUUCUAAUGGCGAGGGCAACGGCCAGUUCAAUGCCCCCACAGGAGUGGCUGUGGAUGUUAAUGGUAACAUCAUAGUAGCGGAUUGGGGCAACAGUAGGAUACAGGUGUUUGAUGGCAGUGGUUCGUUCCUCUCCUACAUCAACACAUCAGCGGACCCGCUGUACGGCCCGCAGGGACUGGCUCUGACCUCUGAUGGACACGUUGUGGUCGCUGACUCAGGCAACCACUGCUUCAAAGUCUACCGCUACCUGCAGUAGCCCCUCUCUCUGGACACACAGACUGUACAGUGUAUAUAUAUAUAUGUAUAUAUACACACACAUAUAUAUAAAACACACAUACACACAUUUGUAUGGAGUGACUGACAGAUUUUGCACUCAUCCACUCACCCAUUCAUCCUUGAAUCGUGCUGUUGUUGUGCCAUCUGUUUGACUGUUCUCCAUGCGUGGACUCCUGUUUGACUUCCUCAUGCUGAGGAGAGAACAGAGAGAUGGUUUUUUUUCGUGGUGUGAAUGAAGCGAGAGGAUCUAUGAUACUCAGAAGCGGCUGCUGCUGACUGGUGCUUUGAGGAGUCACCCAUAACCUUGUUCACAUUCCAUCUUAACUGCGCUGAUUUGAAAAACAAAACUUUAGUAUUGUACAUAUGUUAGGUCUUUGAUUUGUUGUGACAUGGCAGGAAAACUGGAAAACAAUGCUGUUGCACUUGUUCCUUAAUAAAUAUUGGUUGUGCACUGUGUUAAGUGAAAUUGAAAACAAAGUAAAGGAGUUACCUAAGCCACCUGAAAAUCAAUGGGAGUUCUAUUUAUAGUUUCAAUACCUGCAGUUUCCUGUUAAAUGCUCCUCACAUUUUGCCUGUUCACUGUAAAAGAAGAAUAUAUUCCACAUAAUGUAGGUAGCAGGGUAUUUUCAAGCAUGAUUAGGCAUCUCUGUGCAUGCUAUUUCUACUAAUGAACACCUGAAAAGCUACUGUGCACAAUAUAUAAAUAUGUUUCAAGCUGAGACUUAACAACAUCACCAAAUGAAAUUUUGAAUAGAGGCACUGUUUCAAUUACAAUACUUCUGUCUGUAUGUGAAAAAGACUUGUCAGUGUAAUUUGUCAUCACUUUAAAUUAACACUUAACAUGGUUAAAAUAAUAAAAUAAUAAUAAAUUCUGCUUAAUUGGUUUUACAAAAACACAGAGCGUUUGUGUGUGCAAGACAAGUAUGAAUGUUUGUGUGUGUGUGUUGUGAUCAACUAAGGUACCAAACAUAAGCGACUUGAUAUGCUGACUUCUGCUGUGUCGGUGUGUAUGAAGCCUCUUGACAUUUCAACUUAAUAAUCUGCUGUGAUUAUGUGCAAACAUCUUAGAAUUUGUUGCAGAAUUUAGUACUUUGAGUAAAUAGCUAAAGAGCUGAAAAUAAACUCAGCAGGUUGCAUCAGUCCUCACAGUAGUGUAGGUUUAAUCUGACAACCUCAGACACAGAUCGCAGAACUGUGAUCACCUUUACUCCUUUCCAUGUGCUCUUACAUUUUUCCAAAAAAGUCUGUAGAACUACUAAGAAGUUGUAUUUUAGCAAAAACAAUUUGUCUGUCCUAAAAAGAAAAAAAAAUGUAGUUCAGCAGUUGAGGUGUAUGUGUAAAAAUGCACUGUGCUACCAUUAGAAAGCCUUGGUCAAACACAGUUUUCUUUAGGUAUCCUGUAUUUGAUCGUCCAUUUUCUACACAAUCCUGUUAAAUUAUUUGUUUUCCAUUGUCUUGUUUAUAUUUGUAAUGCCAAAUGGAAUUAAAGUGCCCAUAGAAAAGAAUAUUGUGUCUGUAUUUGGUUUUGUGUAAUACAUUGGUUCAUUUGUUCAAGUUUUUCUCUCACACACAAAAAACCUCAGGUAAAGGUAUCAUUCCAUUGUAGGAGAACUGUAGAGCUGAAACAAACUGAAAUUGCUUUUGUUGUCUUACCAACAGUCAAAAACCCCAGAAAUGUUGAGUUUACUGUCAUAGAAAACUGGAACUAGCAAAUAUUCAAUUGCUGUCAGUAUUGGAUGGUUUCUGUGUGACUAAGGAAAUAAAGGAAGGUCAACAGGG